UUUGUAAACAAGACCAACAGAUUAGACUAUUAUUAAGACCGCAUGGGUUUUGCAUUUUGUUUAUUUCAUAAAUUAGUUUUUACACAGAAUAGUUACUAUGAAUAGCCAUAACAACAACGAUGACGAGGAGGAAACCAGAGGCAAUCUACCGGCAUUCAGAGGAAUCUGUUGUUUGCCGGCUUCAAUUGAGAAAAAAAACGUCAACAGUAUCGAAAUGAAAAACCAAUCGGAUGCCAAAAGGCAGAAUGCAUUAGUUGAAAAAUGGAAAACAUUACAAAACCAAAAAUUUGCUAUUGCCAAUGCACUUAAGGGAGAAUCGUCAAACAAAAAAAUCAAGUUUGAUGAAGAUGGUGAUCAUAAAAAUCACGAACAAAAUAAUUUACAGCCAUGUAAAAAAAAAUUACCUUUGUUUGAUGAUGAUGAUGAUUUUAGUGAUUCUGAGAAUCAUGGUAAACUAGUAUCGGAUUUCAAAUUGAAACUACGAUUUGAAGGUGAAAAAGGCAAAAAGUUGUUUCAUAUGCAAACAUCUAAAGCUACAGGAGAUGAUCGCUUUGUAAUGGAUCAGCGAUUUUUUGAUGAACAAGAAACAAAUGAAAAAAUGAGUGAUGAUGAAAUAGAAAAACAAAUGAAUAUUUUAGAAGGUGUUGUUGGUCGAUCAAUUAUGAAACCGAAAAAAGAUAAUGAAGACCGAUUAUUCAACAUGGUAAGAUAUGAUCCGACACAAGAAGAUCAUAAAAAAUAUAUUAAAGAUAAACCUGAUUUACCAAAACAAAAACGUCAAAAAAAAGAAAAAGAAAAAAAAAAGCAAACAAUAGUUGUAGCAGAACCAGUUGUUGAUACUGAUACAUAUUAUAAAGUUGAUGAUAAAUUAAAAGAUGUCUUUAGUUCUGAAAACCAAUUUAGCUUUACCAGUUUAUUUCAUAAUUCUGAAAAAAUUGAUAAAGAUAACGACAGAAAUGAAUAUCGAGCAGAAAAAAUUAUUAACUCGCAAAAAAAAUUUGGUCGAAAUCCAUUUAGAGAUGACUCAAGUGAGUCUGAAAAUGAAGAAACUAAUUUUGAUGAUAAAGAAGAACAUAAUGAUUCCAAAAUAGAUGAAAUACCUUCAGGAAAAUUGUUGGGGUCCAGAGGUGUUUGGCGAGACACUUUUUUUUUUAAAAUAGAUGAUUCAAGAUUUAAAGAUGGUGAAGAAUUUUAUGAUCCCCAAUACAACAAAAUCAAUUAUACUGGAAGUCUAGAUCCAAGGUUUAUAAAAAAAAGGGAAAUAUUAAGAGAAUUUUUGAAAAACAAAGAUAAAAGACAUAAACGUAGUGUAGCCAAAAAGAUGUUUAGUAAAAAACUUGGGGGUACUCAUAACAAUGAAAAAAAUCAUACUAGAGAUAAAAGUAGACUUAGAAAAAGUGACAAGUUAAAAAAUAUUAAAAAAAUAAAAUCAUAAAAAAAUGAAUGUUAA